AUGUCCCGCUACGCAGAAGCCCAUGCGAACCUUGCUGGCCCGGGCGACGCUCGUCCAACGGCCCUUCAGAUCAUCAAGGACGAAGGGGCAGAGGGCAAGCUAGCCGGGAAAGUUAUCGUCAUCACCGGUACCUCGUCCGGUUUAGGCAUCGAGACAGCUCGCGCCCUGUCUCUGACUGGAGCAAAGCUGUUCCUGACGGCGCGAAACCUGGAGAAAGCCAAGACCGCUCUGGGUUCACUCCUUGAAUCUGAGCUUGCUGAACUAAUCAAGAUGGACAAUACUUCCCUGAGCAGUGUGCGUGCCGCCGCGGAGACCAUCCUCCAGAAGUCCAACGGCCAGGUCAAUAUCCUCAUCAACAACGCCGGCGUCAUGGCUAUCCCGAAGUUGGAGUACACCAAGGACGGCGUUGAAAUGCAGUUUGGGACGAACCACCUCUCCCACUUCCUAUUUUUUCAACUCUUGAAGCCAGCCCUGCUCGCCAGCGCCAGCCCUGAGCUCUCAUCCCGAGUCGUGAACCUCUCUUCCUCUGCCCACCACAUUGCCCCGAUCAACGAGUCGGGCAACUACAAUUUUGAAAAGGGCGGAUACGACGGAUGGGUCUCGUACGGACAGUCAAAGACGGCCAACAUCUACAUGGCCAACGAGAUUGAGCGGCGUUACGGAUCGCGGGGGCUCCACGCCACGAGCGUUCACCCUGGCGUAAUCUUCACAGGGCUUAUGCAGCAUGUGGAUCCUGCCACGCUUAAAGAGUUGAAGAACGAGGAGCUAGCAAAAUCGAUGAAGUCGCCAGAGCAGGGCGCGGCAACGACCGUGUGGGCUGCCAUCGGCCAGGAGUGGGAACAUAAAGGGGGGGAAUUUCUUGCUGACUGCGGGAGGACAAGCCUCGCGAGCGGCGAUGACGGCAUCGAUUCAAAGGGGUAUGCAGCACAUGCUCAUAAUCCCGAGGGAGAGGCGCGGCUCUGGAGGGACUCGUUGAAGAUGGUGGGGCUGCAGGAUGAUCAGUAG